AUGAUGGAGUUUUCGGUGAAGCCGUCUUCACGCAGCGCAUAUUCCAGCUUAAGUUCUAGCUUAAAUUGCAUCUCCACGAGCCCCUCAUCAAACUUGGGUUCGAACCCAGCCGCGACCCACCCGCGAAAGAAGCUUUCCAGCUCCUCGCGGCGUACCGAAUCCUCCAUUAAUGGGGGUUCCCGAAGUGUGUCCGCCAGCUCCCGAAACUCGGCGGAUCCCAUGCGAAGGAAAGGAAAUUCCUCCGACAAUGAUGGGGAAUCUCGAUUCAUCUCCCUUGAGUCCGGGACAGCCGAAAUUAGGGCUGUUGGCUCAGAGGGACCCGGGAGACCAGGCAUGUUUGGGCCAGGUGCUGCACCACCUUCACCAGGCAUUCCGUAA